AUGGCGUUGCUAUCCCCAGCAGGCUCUUCAGCCAAGCUCUUUGACCGCACCCAGCCAAAGGACAGGCUGUGGUGCAGUGGAUCGACCGCGAAGCAGAGAACUUUGGAACUUGACCGUCCACCAUCACCCGUACCUCCCAGCCCGCCACCUAGCCCGCCACCUAGUCCACCGCCACCAGCCUACUCAGCUGACGGUAUUUACGGCGCGGCACCAUGGUUUACAACAAUCGGCGGACGGCGCUGGGCACUUUUCUCGGAUGCGAAGUCCUUCGCCCUCGCGGAGGAAACGUGUCGCACCUGGGGCGCUCAUCUGGCAGACCCCGCAAGCUUAACCGAAUACGCGGACGUUGUAUCCGCCUACAGCCCUGCCUUCCCCUACCUCAGCCCCAACACCGCGAUUUGGCUCGGCGUAAGCGAUGAGGACACUGAGGGCUGGUACUACUUUACGGCCGGCCGGGGCACCACCACUAUGCAGGAG